AUUUGAAACAUUUGUGUUCAUGAAGAAUGACUGCAUACAAACCACAAUAUGUCAAGAGAAAAAAGAUCCAAUAGAACUGUUUCAUUCUGGGCAGCUGGUAAAAGUCUCCGCCCCAAUGGUUCGAUAUUCAAAGUUAGCUUUUAGAACACUAGUAAGAAAGUACAAUUGUGAUCUGUGCUACACACCAAUGAUAGUGGCUGCUGAUUUUGUCAGAUCUGAAAAAGCCAGAGACAGUGAAUUUACCACAAACCAAGGUGAUUGCCCAUUGAUUGUUCAGUUUGCUGCUAAUGAUGCAAGACUUUUAUCUGAUGCUGCUCGUAUAGUCUGUCCUUAUGCGAAUGGAAUAGACAUUAACUGUGGUUGCCCUCAGAGAUGGGCAAUGGCUGACGGUUAUGGAGCUUGCUUAAUAAACAAGCCAGAGCUUGUUCAAGAUAUGGUGAAACAAGUAAGAAAUCAAGUGGAAAAUCCCAGAUUUUCAGUAUCUAUUAAAAUAAGGAUCCAUGAUGACCUUGCAAGAACUGUGGAUCUUUGUCGAAAGGCUGAAGCAACGGGCGUUUCCUGGAUUACAGUCCAUGGAAGAACUGUUGAAGAAAGACAUCAGCCAGUUCACUAUGAAGCCAUUAAAAUAAUUAAGGAAAAUAUGUCUAUACCUGUUAUUGCUAAUGGAGACAUCAGAAGCUUAAAAGAAGCAGAAAAAGUGUGCCAUAUUACUGGGACAGAUGGUGUGAUGGUUGCAAGAGGACUCUUAGCAAACCCAGCCAUGUUUGCUGGAUAUGAGGAAACCCCCCUGAAAUGUAUCUGGGAUUGGGUUGACCUUGCUCUUGAACUUGGAACUCCGUAUAUGUGUUUCCAUCAACAUUUAAUGUACAUGAUGGAAAAGAUAACUUCAAGGCAAGAAAAAAGAGUAUUUAAUGCUUUGUCAAGCACAUCAGCAGUCUUAGAUUACCUUACGGACCAUUAUGGGAUGUGAUUGGACUUCCUAAGUUGUUUUAAUAUGUACUUUAAAGGAAUUGUGUUUUUAACAUUUUUAAAUAAAUUUUUUAUUUGAAUACUAAAAGUAUGACUCAGUAUCUGUAAGUUAACAUGAAGUAUGUUUUUAAUAAGAAAAAGUGCAGAGAAAUGACAAAACAAAUACCAACCUCUGUAAAAUGAAAAGGAACAAGACGUUCUGUAUAGAAUGCAUUCAGGGCUUAGAUUAAAAGUUCAAAUUGAAAAAUCAAAGUGUACUUCCUGAGAUUUAUAUGUAUGGUCACUGAUGUAAUGUCUAAUUAUGGGUGUACACUGGAAACUAAUACAAUAUUGUAUGUCAACUGUAACUGAAAAAUUUAAAAA